AUGCUUCCUCUCAUCACUGGAUCACCUUUCCAACAGAGCAUUUUCCAGAACAACGCGCAUUCAGGCACGGACACACGACAAAGAAACAAAAACUGGUGCGCCUACGUUGUGCACAAGAACGUGAGCUGUGCCGUCGUGGGAGGCACGGAGAGUUUUGUGCAGCCGGAGGUUUUACCGUGUCCACCGGAGCUGCCAAACUGUGCGCAACAAGUGAUAUAUCGGACACACUUCAGGCCCAUGUAUAAGAUUGCAUACAAGACAGUAACAGAGCUGGAGUGGAGGUGCUGCCCGGGCUACCAGGGCCACGACUGCAGGGAGGUGAAAGACCUAAUGCUACUCCAAGUAGAGCGUUUGCCUCAUGCACCGUCUGCCGCUGGACAUAUUCCAGUCCCACAAGCUCCAGAACAGAGAACACAGGGUCAGAGAAAUCACCCAUGGGUAGGGGAGGGGCAGUUUGGAGGUCAGACAGGUCCCAGGUCACCAUGGGGCCACAGAGGAUCUCAAAGUGCAACACACCUGGAGGAGGAGGUGCAGCAACUGUCCCAGAUGGUUCUUGACAUGCAGGCAAGAAUGACUGACAUGUCCUCCAAUCUGAGACUGGACUUCCAGGAGGAUGCCAGUAAAAUGUUGGUCACACUGUUGAACAACCUCAGACAGCCCGCCAGUGCACGAGGCGCAGAAACACAAACCAUUCAGGUGCAGGACUUCUCCUUUGACCAUGACACAACACCAAUGGAAGAAGUAAUGAACAAGAUCAGCCAGGUUACAGACGACCUAGAGUCCAAGACUAAUACCCUGGAUGACCUGCUGGGCCGUGUCAACCGCCAUGAUGGACAGAUCAGUCUGCUCAUGGAAGCUGCCCAGAACCCACUGUCCACACCUCCUCCUGCACGCCCAGCUAGUGAUACAGACCUACGUGCCUACCUGGAUGAUAAGAUCCGUGCUCUGAGAGAGGAGUUGAUGGAGGGCAUGGAUAUCAAACUGGCAGACAUGAAGAACUCUUGCGAUUAUAAAAUCAUGUCAGUUCAGGAGCAGUGUGAGGGGCAAGAGGCUAAUUACCUCAGCCUCGCCGAGCUCAUGGACUCUAAGGAAACCGAUCUCCGCAAGGAGAUCGAGGACCUUAAGAUCAAGCUGGUUGAUCCAGUAAAGGAAGGCAACCAAGUAUCUGACAAUGUUCUCACUCGUGUGGAAAACCUUGAGAUCCAUCUGAACUCAUCUGAGAAGAUUGUGGCAGGGCAGUGCCUUGCUGUGGAGAAGAAACUGAAGAAAGAACGGACAGAGGCCAUCAAAGACCUCAGGGAGACUCUUGAGGACAAGUUGGCCUCCAUGGAAGACAGAUUCACGACCCUGUUGGUUGAUACAAGCGCCAACUCCCAAUCUGGGGUUCAGCCAGAGAGUCAAGAUAUGGUGCAGACGGAUGUUAACUCUUUAAAGGGCUCUGUUCAAACUCUGGAGGAUAGACUCAAUGUCUUGGACCAGUUUUGCUCAAAGGAGCAAAGGGCUAAUUUAACUGUUGUAGAAAACCUUCAGCAAGACUUUGAGAGUUGCAAAACUGCUAUAGGUGCUAUGGAGACUAGUCUGAAAGCCCAGAUAAAUGGCCUUGGAGCCAUGGAGGGGCAACUCCUCAACUACAGCACUAGCAUUGAGAAUGUACACAGUGAACUCGGCUCCGUGAAAGGCCACAUGGGCAGAUUGGAGGACUCUCUAUCAGAUGUAGUCCACCAACAGUCUCAGACGUUGCAGAGCCUCAACUCCACCUGGGGUCAAGUUAAAACAGGGGCGGAGCAGGAGGCCAAGGACCUUUUGGAGCUCCACAAAACACAGCAUCAGGAGCUGAGACAGCGGCUGGACGAGCUGGGCAGGGAGGUGAAAGCCGAGGCCGACCAGUGCAGGGAAAAAACUGAAGAUGUCGAGAAGGAGAUUGCCCACGUGGACAGCCGCGUUGUUAGUGUGGAGAGUUUAUGCGGCAAGCUGGAUCCUAUCUCCAGUAGCCUCCAGAGGAUCAAAGAUGGGCUGAAUAAACAUGUCACUGGGUUGUGGACUUGUGUCAACCAGCUGAAUGGCACAGUUAGAGCCCAUGCCCGAGAUAUUGGAGGGGUGAAGGGAAUUUGCCAGGACCUCCAGAACAACAUUGCCAACAUAGCCAGAGACCUUCAGGUGCUAACCGACAGCAACGCCGCAAAGACAGGUGUUCAGGUUGCAGUGGAGGACGCAGGACUUCCCCAGGGCUCAAGUAAGAGCCUCACAGUGGCGGUCGGCUCCGUGGACGCCUCUCUCCCUCAGCCACCUGUGAUAGAGGCCGGAGAGGCGGGUCCCCCCGGGAAGAUGACCUCGUCCAAGUUGCCCAAGGGGACUGGCGGGAGCAUGAUGCCUGUUCAGGGUUUUGCUGGAGCUCCAGCUUCUCCAGUCAAAUCCACUGAGUCGCUUAAGAUCAGGAUUCCACUAAACACAGAUGUGAACUCGCUCCAUCGACCAUCUCCACAGAAACCUGCCAUGGCUUUAGAUGAAAGGGUGUCGUUCUCAGCCGGUCUGACUCUGCCGCCGUUCCAAGGAGAGGUUGGAAUCAUUCGAUUCAACGAGGUGUUGGUCAACGACGGAGGACACUACGACCCUCAUACAGGUAUUUUCACGGCUCCCACAGACGGCCGCUACCUGGUGAGCGCCGUGCUCGCGGCCCAGCGAGGGGAGAAGGUUGAGGCGGUCCUCUCGGUGUCCAAUCGCAGCAUCCAGAGGCUGGACUCGACGGGUUUCUUGUCUGGAGCGGCAGCGCCCGUGUCACACGAACAAUGCAACUGCAGCAGUUCAACCUCGCUGAGCCUGGUUCUCUCCCUGAAGCGAGGAGACCGAGCCGGACUCGUCAUGACGGCCGGAAAACUCGCCAUCUCGGCCUCCUCCUCUGAGAUCCUGUCGUCUUUCAGUGCUGUGCUUCUUUACCCCAGCCCAUCAAAACGGUAGCCCUGCCUCUAUCAGAGACAACUGACACCUUACAUAAGCCAUAAGUGGAGGAUAAUUGUGACGCUAAUUGUGAUAUUUUAUUAUCAGAGAGAGAACCAACAACAAAAAGAAUUAAUGCAGUCUCCAAAUAAUAAGAGAUUAUUUCUAUCAUGAGUACUAAUAUAUAAUGUUUUUAUAUUAGUUAUUUUCUAUUUUCUAUUGUAAAGUUUUGUUUACAACCUAGACCUACCAAAUACAUAUUUUGCUUGAACAUAUAAUUGUUGUAAAUCUUGUAAUCACUGAUUUUAAAGAUAUGUUACUGCUAAAAUUUAAAUUCCAGUUGAUCAAUUUGUUAAUUACUGGGAAGAAAUCUGUGUUUUUUCCUCCAGAAGGAACCUCACACAUCCGACAGUUCACACCCGUGUUCAUUACUGCAGAUAUACUCCUUGUUGGUGCUAAAAUGUCAAUAAUGUGCAAAAUCAGUUUUGAUUGUUCUGACACACUUUUUGUUUUUAUUAAAGCAUCAUCCAACAAAGGAUGUUUGAUUCAACAGUUUCUUAAUACAUUACAUAUAGUAAAUAUACUAUAUAUAUAUACAGUCUAUAUACACUAGGAUCUACACUUUUGACACACCACAAAAAUGAUCUUACAUAAGUUGCGUUCAGAGCCGACCCCUCACACUGUCUAACGAAUACAAAGCAAAUCAAACAGCUGAAUAUAUUUGUGCUUGCACUGUCACAUGAUGUCAACCGGAUUACCACCGAGGUAAUCACAACAACCUACAGAAAACACUUGAAGCAGCUGCAAAAGUUCUUCAUUGAAAAGUGAAAUUUGACACAAAAACUAAGAAAAUACUGUGUGUUCUCGUCACACAAAGUUUAUCACUUUCAUAGAAAGAAUGCAUGAAAUUUCACUGACAGCUGUUACCGAGCAUGAAAAGCAAAAUAAUAAAAAAAAAAAAAAAAAAAAAAAAAAAAAAA